UAUAUUCAGGUCCACUCCACAGCUCUUACUUGAAGAUUCUCUCCCUAUUUUUUUUAAGUUAAGCACAUGCCUGAUUUUCACUUAGCACUGCUCUAAAUCUUAUUAUAAAUGUACUCUCCAUUAAUAAUUGCUUACGUACACAUAGUGUAGCGUGUAUCUGCGUGUCUUUGACGCAGGAUUAGAGAGAGAGAGAGUUCUGCAGAGAUCUCUCUUUUCUGUCAGAGUUCUCAAUCGGAAAAACCAAAUGGCCGACGAACCUUCUAUCACGCGCUGGUCAUUUGAGGACUUCAAGUUGUUCUAUGAUGCUAAGUUUGGGAGGAAGAAAGAAUCUGCUGCAGAAGAUGCGGCUGAAAAUGGUCGAGCUGUAUAUAACGGAAAUUCUUUGACUAUGACAUCAAAUGGAAAUGGACAUGUAAAGAAGACCUCAGAUUUGUCCAUCUAUGAACAGUACAGUCAGGCAAAUAAUGGGAGCUCAGCGCACUCUAAUGGAGUUUCAUCUGCCGGAGGGGAUGAAAAACCGCAGAGAUCUCUGCUUCCUCCUUUUGAGUCAGCAGAAAUGCGUGCUUUAGGAGAAAGCUUAAUUAGGGAUAUUAUUCGUGGUAGCCCUGAUGUUAAGUGGGAGAGCAUAAAGGGAUUGGAGAAUGCCAAACAUCUACUUAAAGAGGCUGUUGUCAUGCCAAUAAAAUAUCCAAAGUACUUUACAGGUCUUCUUUCUCCAUGGAAAGGUAUCCUUCUUUUUGGCCCACCAGGAACAGGAAAGACCAUGCUAGCAAAGGCUGUUGCUACUGAAUGCAACACCACUUUCUUCAACAUCUCAGCAUCAUCAGUCGUCAGCAAAUGGCGUGGUGAUUCAGAGAAAUUGAUAAAAGUGUUAUUCGACCUGGCAAGGCAUCAUGCACCUUCAACGAUAUUUCUGGAUGAAAUUGAUGCAAUCAUUAGCCAACGUGGUGAAGCACGUAGUGAGCAUGAAUCUAGUAGGCGUUUAAAGACGGAAUUGCUCAUACAGGUGAUACUUGGCUUUCAAAAAGUGCAUUGAGGACAUGCAAAAGUCCAAUUUACUUGCCCCAGAUGUAUCAUUGUCCUUGUUAGCAAUGACCACACUGUGUCAAAAUUGACAACAAUCAAGAGCCAAUUACUAACCCUAGAAGAUGAUGGCCUCUUUGUCUUUUUCUUCUUUGUGUGGUCGGGGUACGCUAGGUUAUAGCACUCCAUGAAUGCUUCAAAUACAUUCCUCAAGAUAGAUGAACCUGAGAGAUUGCAUCUUACAGAAUCUUAUCCUUUUAUCAUGAGAUGUAAAGUACCUAAAGCUAAACCCGGUUUGAAUGUCAGCAAAGUACAAGAAUUCUGUUGGUUUUCCCACCCUAUUGAAGUAGUGAGCUUAGUUUUGGACUCUGAAAAUACUUUGCUCCUGUAUGAUCUCCAUGUUCCAUUAUUAGGGUCACCAUUAUGUGCUCAAUCAUGUGGUGCUAUUAUGUGUACGUUGUUAUUGUGAGAGUACUCAAGAGGGUAAUUUUAGGAACUAAAAAGAGAGGGUCACUACCUGUAAAGAGGAUGUGAGAAUUUGAAGCGAUAUAAGCAAAAUCGGACUAAACAUUUGUUCCCAUCAUCAGGAAUAACCAAUAGUCAUGCAAAGACUAGGACAAAAAGUUCUGAAGAAAAUAAACCAUGCUUAAUUUAUCCCCCGGUCCCCCAAGGAAAGAAAUUCAAACCAUACCACCUCCUCCUCCAAAAAAAAAAAAAAAAAAA